AUGCGCAGCUUGGAAGCUUUACAUCCGGAUGUCAACCAGGAUGUGUUCAUCUCCAUGAUUACCUCGAAACUACCAAAAGAAACCCUACUGCAGCUUGAAAUACAAAAAGGCUCACAGGAAAAGUGGACGGUGCAGAAACUGAGAGAUUUAAUGAAAAGUUACAUCACAGUGACAGAAUCAUCAGAACUUCAAACUUCUAGUGUUGUAAGACAUGAAGAGAGGCACACCACAGCUGAAGCCUUAGUGAUCUCAACUAAUAAGGAGUCAGCAAUACGACGAAACCGACCAAUGAGAGUUCCAGUAAGACCUACAGUGUGCACCUUUUGUGAGGGUUCUCAUUGGACUGAUGAAUGUAGAAAGUACAGAACCAUAGAAGAUAGAAAAGAGAGACUCAAGGGGAAGUGCUUUGUCUGCUUGAAGCCUGGCCACAGAAGUAAAGAAUGCAGAGUUGAGAAGACAUGUUAUCAUUGUAAGCAGCAUAGCCACCAUAGAAGCUUAUGUCCCAAGAAAAUACCUUUCCGUCAAAGAGAAAGUUCACACCUGACUGAAGAAAUAAGCACAAUAGAAGAGACUUCAAAGUUUCAAAAGGAUUCGGAGAAUAGUUUACUAUCAUCAGGUGAUAUUGUUUUGAUGCAGACAGCAAAAACAGAGGUUUCAAACCAAUAUAGAGAAAAUUCAGAACCAGCUAGACUUCUUAUGGACUCAGGAUCUCAGAGAACAUACAUAACAGAAAACUUAGCUGACAGAUUACAGUUGAAAAGCCAUGCAACAGAGAGGAUAUCCUUGAUAACCUUUGGUGCUGAAAGGCCUAAAAUAGUGAAAACACCUAAAGUUUCCUUGAAACUGAAACUCAAGGAUGGACAUUAUUUAAGUAUUGAUGCAAAUGUUGUACCCACAAUUACAGGAACAGUCCAGAGAAAACCAAUUCCCAAAGACAUUCAAGACAGAUGUCAAACCCUGUGGAAAAAUUUACAGUUAGCAGAUACUCUACCAGUGAAGUUUGAAAACUCGACAGUUGACAUCCUGAUAGGUAAUGACUAUUACCUGGAUUUGAUACUAUUAGAAAGAAUAGAAAUCCAAAAGGGAUUUUACCUGCUUGCUUCUAAACUUGGAUGGAUUCUCACUGGAAGGACCCAAAGACAAUAUUGCGAAGAUGAGGAGCAAGAUAUGAUGAUUACCAAUGGGAAUUUAUCUCUCACAGAAUAUUGCCUCCAUUCCAGAGUGGAUGAGUGCCUAUCGGUGAAACCAUCCAUUGAUGAUUUUUGGAAUCUGGAGACAAUUGGAAUUCAAGAUUCUCCUUACACUUCAGACGACGGAAAAGCCCUGAGAAAUUUCAAUAGCACAUUGAAGAUAGAAAACAACAGAUACCAGGUCACAUGGCCUUGGAAGGAAGAAUUUCCAGAUCUUCCAGAAAAUAGAGAACUAGCAUAUGGGAGACUCAAGUCACUAGUCCACAAGCUGCAGAGUAACUCUGAGUUAUUACAUAAGUAUGAUGAGAUAAUUCAGGACCAGUGUAAAAAGGGGAUUAUAGAGAAAGUUCAGCGCAGCAAUGGAGAGACAGGAAUUAAACACUACAUUCCUCAUCAUGCAGUAGUAGACUUAACGAAACCCACUACCAAAGUAAGAAUUGUGUAUGAUGCAUCAGCAAAGUCGCAGCCUAAAAACACCAGCUUGAAUGAGUGCUUACACAGAGGACCAGUGAUGCUCCAUGACUUAUGUGGACUUUUACUGCGCUUUAGACUAAAGAAGAUAGCAAUAGUCGCUGAUAUUGAGAAGGCAUUUCUGCAAGUUGGUCAACAGGAAAAAGAUCGUGAUGCCACAAGAUUUUUCUGGUUAAAGGAUGUAAAUAAUCCCACGGUAGACAACAACGUACAAGUGUACAAAUUUUGCAGAGUUCCCUUUGGGGUGAUCUCCAGCCCAUUCCUACUAGCAGCAACUGUAGAUCAUCACCUCAGUACUUAUGAAAGCAGGACAGCAGAAAACAUCCGGAGUAAUAUUUAUGUUGACAAUGUUAUUACAGGAGUUGAUACACUUGAAGAAGGAGAAACACUGUACGAGGAGGCCAAGGAAAUCUUCAAUAGCAUGUCUAUGAACUUGAGAGACUGGGCAUCAAACGUUAAGGAGUUCUACAAACUUGUUCCUCCUGAAGAUCAAUCAACAAGAGAGAAGAUGAAGAUACUUGGAGUAAUCUGGAGUCUUACAGAAGAUGUACUCUCAGUCCCAGUUGGGAAUUAUGAAAACACGCCAGUACCAGUGACCAAACGAGAAGUACUACAAAGAGUUGCAUCAAUAUUUGAUCCUCUUGGAUUUUUCACUCCAGGUACUUUAAAGGCAAAACUAUUUCUUCAAGCGUUGUGGGAGAAAAAUCUUGAAUGGGAUGAACAACUUGGAGAAGAAGAUAUCCAGCAGUGGAAAGAGAUAGCAGCAGAUUUAAGAGAAAUUCCACAAUGCCAGAUUCCAAGAUACUGUGGGCUCCCAGGAGAAGUUUCCUACAGACUUUUGUGCUUUUGUGAUGCGUCAGCGAAAGCAUUUGCCACGGCAGUUUACCUGCAGAUGACCACUGACACUUCAAGCAUCUGUAACCUAGUAUUUUCCAAGACUCGUUUAGCACCCAAAAAGAAAAUGUCCAUGCCUCGUCUUGAACUUCUGGCUGUUCUCAUUGGUGUGCGAAGCAUAAACUUUGUAGAAAUUCAACUGAAACUGGCAAUAUCUUAG